CUUUUCUUGCUGUUUGUUCGUAAUCAAUCAAGGAGUCGACGUUUGCUCGAAGGCAGCGCGCUUUUCCUCGCGUCUCCUCUGCACAGCUCCAGACACCAUGAGCGCUCCGAAAACUUCCAAGUUUAGGAAAAUCUUCCAGAACUCCAAGUCCAAGUCCCAGGAAAAGGAGGACGUGGAGAAAAGAGAGAAUUCCCCGAAUGAACACGCAGAACCUUCAUUACCCACGAGUCCAAGUGAGAAGAAGGAGAAAAGGAAGAGGUUCGGUUCGUGGCGAUCCAAAAAGAAACCCGACUUUGAGUCCUUCAGCAGCAGCAACAACAACGGCGAGCAGCUGGACUUCACGACCAGGCAAAUGAGCUUCGAUCAGAUGAGCGUCCAGACGGAGGACUUCACCAUGAGCGACUCCUGGUCCGUCGCGCCGUCAGAGUGCACGUCUGUCAUCAGCCUGAACCUGUCUCCCUCUGAGCCUGUCUCACCCACACGACGUCACAAGAAGAAUUCUGAGGAAAAAGGUGUUGGUGUGCUGAACCGGGUUGCCAGUUUCAUCCUGAGGAGGCGGCGGAGCAGGUCGUCGUCUGAUGGGACGGAGGAAAAUGUGUCGCCUCUUUCGAGCCCCAGCAGUUCUACAGGUUUGAGGCCGGCAUCCACUGAGGGUGAAGAGGUCGAGCGGAGUUUCUUCUCCGAUAAAAGGAGCCCGAGUGUGCAGAGCGUGGCCUCCAUCGUUGCGGACGGAGGCGACCUUCCGUUUGCGGACAGCGACAGCAGCGGCAGUGUGAGGAACUUAGCAGUGACGACGAAGAGCAACGAAGAAAAGGGGACGGAGCUGCUGGUGGCAGAGGCCAGCAAGAAACUCCGGGUGUUUCUGGAGGAGAUCAGCGUCACGGACGAAGGACCAGAGAGACAAAAGAAGACGAUUAAGCAAUGCACAGAAAUUACGAUAAAGGACAACUCCGAACCUAAAUCACCAGACAUUAAAAAGACAGUUUUGAAACCGGUAGUGGGAGGAACAGGGAAUUACAGCGCUCUCACUGGGGUGACGCUGAGCUCCCAGUGUAGGAUCGAGUCCAGUUCUUCAGACCCAGGAGGCACCGAAGACAUGGGGAAGAAAACAUCGAGCCGGAGAAGAUCACGCAAGCUGAGCAGUGGCUCUCAGGACCUCGCAAGCCCUCCGAAGCCCUUGUCCCCCGAGGCGGAGAACGAGGCGGCUGUAGCCUCACCCUCACCUCUGCAAGUUCACAAAGCCAUGUGGGUGGAAACGCACCUAGAGGAGGAAGGGAGUGAGAGCAGUUCUCUCGGUCAGGUCACGCCCGUUCAACAAAGCCCCGUGCUGGGUCUCAGAGCUGCACUCGUCGUUCAAGAAGCACAGGAUUCGGGGUCAGAUUCGUCCCUCUAUCAGGACGCUGUGGAGGUAAAGACAGACGAGGAACCGUUAACAAAGGCUGAGAAACGGAGGAGCGUCAAACUUUCCACCAGCGAGAAGUUCUUUGCCAAGAAAGUGUGGCUAAACUCAGAGUCAAGCUUGGAGGGAGAACUAGACGACACGAGCAAAAACGCAGAGGAGAAUACUCAAAGCAAGCAGAAAUCCGAAUUCAGAAUUCUGCCAAGCCUCAAGAACAUCAGUGUGGAAAUUAAAAAGCCUGACCAGCAGUCAUAUGCUUCUGUAAGUGAAAGCGAUGAUGUAUUCGUAAAAGAGGAAGCCAACUCGAAACAGGAGCUUAAUGAUGUAAAGAGCUCCUUAGAGCUUCCUGCUAACAUCUCGGAUCCUGAAGAGGACUUCCCAGACAUGCCUGGAUACAAGGGACAGAUCAGAGUUACGGGUUCAGGGGAUAGCAAUCGGCAGACCUCGGCCGCGACGUCCGCACACGUGGACAAAGCAAUCGGCAGAUCGAAUGCAGCGGCUGCUGGAAAGGGCCCAGCUCCGCUAGUGGCACCGAAGACAAAAGCCGGUGCGGGUCGAGUUACAAGCCAGGCAGAGGCCAAGAAAGCGGAGACCCCAAAAAAGCCUGCACAAAAUGGGACUGAGAAAAAGCAAAGUAAAUCUCCGACAACUAAAGACCUGCCUAAUGUGUCCACUAAGCCUGCAGACAAGUCAAAAAUUCCAAAGAAAUCACCACCUGAAGUUCUGCCGAAACCAAGCAAAACACUAAACACAGGCAUGUCACCCGAUGCGUCAGUUUCCUCUCCGGCUCAGACACGUGAGACCGCGCAGGCCGAGAGAAGUAAAUCCAGCUCAAGUAACAGUGUUCCAAAACUCCAGUCACCAACAUCACCGCCUGGGAAAAGUGAGACCAGGUCACCCAUUAAAGAAGCAGCAGCUACGGCUUCUGUAGUCGUAGAACCGAGUCAGGCACCUAAGCCUUCUCAUACCAAAGACCAGAAGAAAGGAAACGAUUCGAAAUACUCUGAGGAGAAAACGGAGCAGCCGUCAUUUCCUAGCGUUUUACAGGAAAUCAAGGAAACAUGUGACACUAAAGAAAGCGUGAAGUCAAAAACACAGCCUCAAAGUCCUACCGAAAAAACUCCCAAGAGUAAAUCAGUAAAACUUUCACUGAGUAAGAGCUCUAAAGUAAACAAAACUGAAACUGAUAACAAGCCUCAAACUCCUUCAGAGGCAGAGCAGCCAGAAAAGAGUGGCACAAAGGACAAGGCUACAAAUGAAAUUAGACUCAUCGGGCCAAAGAGUCCAAAAAAGCCCAAGGCUGAAGUAUCGCCAACAGGAAGCAAGCUGCCUCGCCUGACUCCGCCUAGCGCUCCGAAACGGCCAUCAGAGGACGAAUUUGAUUACGGGGAAGAUGACUCACUCAAGCAACCCUCGCUUUCUGAUGCCAGUCCAACGAACGAUGAUUCAUCUUCAGUCAACGGUCCUCUGAGCCCUGGCAAAUCUGCUGCACAUGACCAAGCUGUUGGAAAUGCCGUGGUGAAGGUUCCAACAGGAACCAAAUCCUCUCCACAUCUGAAACCUACGACUAAACUUAAGUCUAGAAACGAGGUGGAAAAAGUGAAAGCAGAACUCGCUGUAGACUCGCAGACUACUAAAGCGUCAGACCAGAACAUGGACGACGCAGAAGAAAAACAGAGCACGACCGUGAAGACCACAGAGAAUAUUACUGUCCCGGAAAAGUCAGCUCGAGCGCCUGAAGAGAACACGGACAAGGCUCGUGAGGCUCAAGUCAAGGAGCAGAGCAUGAUACAGAAUGUGAUUGUAAAGUUUUUAGAGCCUACAACAGAUUUAGGACCUUCACUUCAAGCUCUUGAAGAUGAUGAUGUAGCCAAAGAGGCCAAGGAUGUGACGGUGAAGACCACAGAACAUACUGUAGAUUUAAAAACUCCACCUGAAGCAUCUAAAAAGGAAAAGGACCUGGCCGGAUCAGACUCGAAAACGUCGUCUCGAACGUCUAAGCAAAAAAUAGACAAGCCCGAAACCGUGCCAAGUGGGAACGAUAAGAACAAGGAGAUCGAAGCAGAUUUAAAAUUAACUCAAGAGACCGAAGUAAAAAUGGUCAAGACUGAACCAGCGCCAGCUGAGGACGAUAAGAUCGAGGACCAUAAAGCAGACUCAAAAUUAACCCAGAAGGAUGAACAGAAACCAGUAGAAGCUAAAAUCAAGACAAAAGGAGAGUCUAAAGAUUUGAAAAAUUCACCUGAAAACUUUAAAAAGGAAACUCGAGCCCAAGAUGUUCAGAAUGCAGAAAACACAACAGUUAAACCGGUAAAGACUUCAUCUCAAGUGUCUGAACGUAAAAAAGAAAAGGCUGACAAAGUGCAAAGCAUAGAUAAGACCGGGGAUCAUAGUGCAGAUCAGGUGUCUGAAAAGAAAAGAGACAAAGCUAAAGAAUUGCAUAAAGCACAUGUCGAGGCUACGGAGAAGAAAGCAGAUCUGAAAAAAGGCCAUCCUGAAGAGAAGGCGAACAAGGACGAAGAAGUGGUCCGUACUUCGGAUCAGGAAGCGGACAAACCUAACAAGUUACAGGAGGUGAGCGUUAAAUCUGAUGAGCAAAAGGCAGAACUAAAUAUUCCACAAGUAUCUGAUCAAGUGAAGUCUGAAAAGAUCGUUGUUGAAACAAAACCAGACACGAGGCCAAAUGACCCUCGGGUUACAAAACCCCUGGAUGUUGGGACGUCUCAAGUCAAACCAGAGCUUAUAAAUAAAGAAACGCUACCAGGCACAGAGCAAGUAACCCCUGAAGCCGUGGAAGAGACGUCAGUCAAAGCACACGUUGAGGCUACGGAGAAUAACGCAGAUUUAAAAGCCCAACCCGAAGUAUCUACGAAGAAAGCCAACAAGGCCAAAAAAGUGGUCCGUACUUCAGAUCUGACUCCAAGCCAAACAUCCAGUCAGGAAGCGGACAAACCUAACAAGUUACAGGAGGUGAGCUUUAAAUCUGAUGUGCAAAAGGCAGAACUAAAUAUUCCACAAGUAUCUGAUCAAGUGAGGUCUGAAAAGAUCGUUGUUGAAACAAAACCAGACACGAAGCCAAAUGACCCUCGGGUUAUAAAACCCCUGGAUGUUGGGACGUCUCAAGUCAAACCAGAGCUUAUAAAUAAAGAAACGCUACCAGGCACAGAGCAAGUAACCCCUGAAGCCGUGGAAGAGACGUCAGUCAAACCAACUGUCAGCAUCCAUGUAGAGAACAAAGACUUCAAGACUGAAACCCUUCAGCAGUCCAAUUUCACACAAGACACACGGGAUACUUCAAAAUCCUCCACAAAAACCGAGAGCGAAGAACAAACCACGGCGACAAAUGGUAUUUCAGCGCACAAGGAGGUUGAGGUUCCUGCAUCUACUCCAGGCCUCAAAGAAGAGCCAAAAGUCAUAAAGUCAACUGAUACAGAAGUGCCAGCACUUAAAUCACCAGCCUCAGAGUUCGUCAAGCGAGACACUAAACUGAAACCUGUUAGCAAGAAUGAAAAGUUAAGUCCCGAUCAGAAACCUGUAGUUAAGACAGCUGAGCAUCCAAAAGGUACAGAGCAUCUGACUUCCCACAUGGAGAAGACAACUAAGAUUAAAAAAACCACCACCAUCGACCAGAACCGUAAACCCGACCCCACGCGAUCACAGAACCCUGAAGGACUUCCUCCAAGUAAUAAUCCUCCAAAAAUGACGACCCAGGACUUUCUACUGGUGUCCAGAAAACUUUCAGAAAGUGCAUCGCCAUCUAGCUGGCUAGAUGUGGACCAAGGUUUUGAGAAGAAGCAAAAUAAGAUAGAAAGGAAUAUGGACUGCUCAGCAAGUGAUGAUACCCUUCUGGACACCUCAGAAGAUUCUGAGGAUUUCAUACGCAAAAUCAAAGAACUCUGCUCUCCUUUCUCUUUCCCUCCUAAAAAGCAUGGCCAGUCUAGGGCGAUCUUGCCUCAGUUUGCCAUGCCUGCUAUUAAAGAAGAUCACUUUGAGAAAACCUUCGAUCCUGAGGAGUUCAAGUUUGGGAUUAGGAAAACUAAAGGCCCACAAGAUCCAUCUCCAGCCAUGUUGAUCAAGAAGAAAAAUGAAGAGUUGAGAAAUAAACAGCUUUCGAAACGCAAAGGAACCGAAGAUAGUAUGAUUUUUAAAGCUCUGGCUUCAAAACGGGGACAAGAAAAAAAUGGCGAGGAAAAGACCACAGCGAAUACAGAGAACGGGGAAGAUCAAGGUGCUGAAAGUUCUGGAAAGGUUUCUUCACGGUUAGAAAGAAUGUCCAUCCUGUCGAACCUCAUGAACACGUCUAAGAACAUGAGGAGACCUCAAACCCAGCCUGCAACGUUUUCAAACGAGAUUACAUCUCCUACAGUAACCCAACAGGUUCCAACACCAGGAGACACAAACAACACGAGUACACCUGUAUCUGUAGUUGUGCCUCCAGGUCAGGCAGGAGGGAACUUGAAGGAACUUGAGUUACAACCUGAUGUUUUUGAAGACUCACCAAAGAGCCCACACACUCCGCCUCCCCUUCCUAACUUUUCAGAAAUCAAGCUUCCUGAUUUCCUGGGGAAGUACCUGAAGAUGGAUCAAGAACCCCCUGCUUUAGUUAACUCCCAAAAAGCAGAAACACCUUCCAAGAUCCCUGCAAUACAGACGGAAGUCAGCUCGGGAUUCCCAGACACAAAUACAGGUCUGAAGAAGAUUCCAGAACCUUCAGCACCGAUCUUUCCACCCAAACCACCAAAACAAGAAACCAAACUACCGUCGCCUACACAAACUCAGAUAACGACAGUAAGAGGCUUUCACAAGCGACCCGGAAAGCUGGUCAUCUUCCAGCAAGCCCAGUUUGGCGGUGAGGCGUACGAGGUGUUCAGGGACUGGGAUGACGCCACGUCGUUACUGCUGUCACCUGUCAUCUCUCUGAAAGCUGUCAGAGGAUGCUGGCUGCUUUAUGAGAAACCAGGAUUCGAAGGACGGACCAUCGCGCUAGAGGAAGGGCCGACGGAAUUGGUGAACGAGUGGGUGGAGCCAGAACCUGACCAGGAAGUUGGGCCGGACGGGAUUCCCAUUCCGACCAAACCGAUGGUGAUUGGUUCCAUUCGUCUGGCUGUGAGGGAUUACAGCCUCCCCAAAAUCGAACUCUUCUCAGAACCGAACGGAUUGGGUCGCCUGUCCUCGUACUGCGAUGACAUCAUCGAGCUCGGCUCGUUCGGACGUCCACACAGCGCCGGAUCCAUCAAGGUCCACUCCGGAGUUUGGCUAGUCUUCAGUGAUCCAGAAUUCCAGGGUCUGUUGUCGGUCCUGUCUGUGGGAGAGUAUCCGUGUCCGGAGUCCUGGGGUUUUCCUGAUCCCUUCAUCGGAUCUUUACGUCCUCUCAAAAUGGGCGGCAUCAAAGUAGAAAAUCCUCACGAAGUCCGGGCCGUGUUGUAUGAGGAGCCCAUGUUCCAGGGCGCCUCCAUGGAAAUUGACACAGAUGUAUAUGACGUCUCUGAGGAAGAGGAGGAGAAGGAGGAGAACACUGAGGAAGGAGAGAACACAGACCAGAAGAAGAAACUGACCACGAUCGGCUCUCUGAAGAUCCUCAGCGGCCUAUGGGUGGGCUUCUCAGAGCCAGGGUUCGAGGGUCGUCAGUACGUGUUGGAGGAGGGUGAAUAUGUCGACUGCUCUGAUUGGGGAGGUUUUGAGGACACACUCUGCUCGCUCCGCCCCAUACGCUCGGAUUUUGUGUCUCCUCAGUUGAAGCUGUUCACCGAGCGUGAUUUCAGUGAGAGGAGUCUGAGCGUCGACCUGCUCGUCCCCGUCAUGGCCAUGGAGGAGACGGCGUACGGCUGUAUGAGCCAGUCUGCUGAAGUUCUCUCUGGAGUAUGGGUGGUGUUUGAGAACCCUGCCUUCUCCGGUGAGGUGUAUGUGCUGGAGAAAGGGCUCUACUCCAGUCCAGAGGAUUGGGGAGCUCGUAAUCACAGGAUCUCCUCCAUCCAACCUGUGUUUAUGGAUCAGACUGCUGGGUUGCCGAGGUUUAAGGUGAAGCUGUUCUCUGAGCCUGGGUUCCUCGGCGAUGUUCUGGACCUGGAGGAGAGUUCACCCUUCCUGCCGACCGGAUUCUGCCCCCGAUCGUGUAAAGUUCUCUCAGGAAGCUGGGUGGCAUUUGAGGGGCCUCAGUUCACAGAGAACAUGUACGUGCUGGAGGAAGGAGAUUACUGUAACACUGCGGCGAUGGGCGGAGUCUCCACUGACUGCACCAUCCAAUCACUGCACACCAUCGGUCAUGAGUUUUCACUUCCCUCCAUCACUCUGUUCUGUAAGCCGUGUUUCAGAGGACGGAAGGUCGUUUUGACAGACGGCUGCUGCAGCCUAUCACUGAGCGGGAUCGAUGGGCGGAGCCAGUCACUGGUGGUGAACGGAGGAAUGUGGGUGUUAUAUGAAGGGAAGAACUUUCAGGGCCGUCAGCUCUUACUGCAGCCCAGUGAAAUCGGUGACUGGAGGAAGUUCAGCGGCUGGAAGCAGGUCGGAUCUCUGCGUCCAUUAAUACAGAACCCAGUGUAUUUCCGGCUGCGCAGUGCUGAGACCGGUUGUGUGAUGUCUCUUUAUGGGUCUCUGGAUGACAUCAAGCUGCUGAGAGUUCAGGUGCUGGAGGAGAACGGAGGAGACGAGCAGGUGUGGCUUUACCAACACGGCCAGCUGUGCUGCAAGCUGUUGGAGGAGUGCUGUUUAGAGCCCUCAGCUGGGAUGAUGAUGCCCGGGUGUCGCCUCAACGUUUCCCCUGAACGCGGGCAGGACAAUCAGUUUUGGAACAUCACAGCCGACGGCCUCAUCCGCUCCAACAUCAAACCUGACCUGGUGCUGGAGGUCAAAGGUGGACAGCAGUAUGACAAAACCCAGGUGAUCCUGAACUCCUUCGACGAGCAGAAACCCAACCAGAGGUGGACGGUGGAGCUCCUGUAACAUCGGGAAAGGGCUGCGCAGUAACCAACACUCUCACUGUGGGCCCUGUGGUGCAGCUCCACCACUGAGCCCAAUGAGCCUCGUGGUGCAGCUCCACGUCUGUAAGGACGGUCCUGAGUGUCAGGACGUGACCCAGAAAAAUUAUUUUUUGACGCGUCAUGCUGCAGGAUGACCACAGGUGGCACUCAAACACCACCCGCUCUGAGCAUCAUGGACUCCGUGAGUGUGUUAAAGUUAAAACGAGGUGUUGAUCCGAAACUGUAAACCACUCACCUUUAAAGUGCCUUGUGCUUCAUUCCUCUGCUCUUCUUGCACUUUCUCACUGUCACGUCUCAUCGUUGUACAUUUUCUUCUGAAAGCUGUAAAAAAUUCUUGUUUUUUUUUUUUUUAAGAAUAAAAAGUUGUAUUCACGUCUCAAUUAA